AUGUCUUCACUUCUCUACAGUCCUCGUAUUCAACUGGAUGACAAUCUUGUUCAAAUGCAACAAGGAACAAUGAUGCGCAAGGUGAAAUCCAAGAACUGGAAGAAACAACGCUACUUCCUGUUACAGCAGGACUGCAUGACGGUCUGGUACAAAUCUAAGAUGUCUGGCAAAGCCAAAUCAGCCUUUUCUGUAAGUGAUGUGGAGACAAUCCGUGAAGGACAUCAAUCGGAGGUGCUGCGAAGUCUGGCUGAGGAGUUCCCUGCUGAUUGCUGUUUCACUGUUGUCUUCCAUGGGCGGCGAAGCAAUCUCGAUCUCAUUGCUAGUUCAGCUGAGGAGGCUCAGUGUUGGAUUCAAGGUUUGCGGCGCCUCAUAAAGACGGUCGUUAACAUGGAUCAAAAAGAAAGGCUUGAUCAAUGGAUUUGUGACUGGUUUUUAAAAGCUGAUAAAGACAACGAUGGUCGCAUGAACUUCAAAGAGGUGCAGCACUUGCUUAGGAUGAUGAAUGUCGAUAUGAAUGAAGAACAUGCCUUCCAGCUCUUCCAGAUGGCUGACAAAUCAGAAACAGGGUCGCUGGAGGGAGAGGAAUUUGUGCUGUUCUACAAAGCACUAACUCAGCGGGAUGAGGUGCUUGAGAUUUUCAAGGAGUAUUCUGAAGAUGGGAAGAAGCUGACCCUCUUGGAAUUUGUGGACUUCUUGCAACAGGAGCAGAUGGAAAUUGAGGGCACUGAUGAGCUUGCAAUGGAACUGAUUGACAGAUAUGAACCAUCUGAGACUGGCAAAGCUCGCCAUAUACUGAGCCCAGAUGGAUUCCUCAUGUAUCUUUGCUCACCAGACGGCUCCAUCUUCAACCCUGAGCACAGGAAGAUUUUCCAGGAUAUGUCUCAGCCUCUUGGCCAUUAUUUUAUCUCUUCCUCUCACAACACGUAUCUGAUUGAAGACCAGCUGCGAGGACAAAGCAGUGUUGAAGGAUACAUCAGGGCUCUCAAACGGGGCUGCCGCUGCUUAGAGGUUGAUUGUUGGGAUGGACCGAAUGGAGAACCAAUUGUCUAUCAUGGCUAUACAUUCACUUCUAAGAUCCCUUUCCGUGAUGUUGUGACAACUCUUGAGAAAUAUGCCUUCUGGGUUUCUGAUUAUCCCAUCAUUCUAUCUAUUGACAAUCACUGUAGCAUAGAACAACAAGACAUCAUGGCACAACUGCUGAAAGGCAUCCUGGGAGAAUGUCUCCUCAUCAAGACCAUUGAUGACCUUGUUCCUGUGCAAUUGCCUUCACCUGAAGAGUUGAAGCGCAAGAUCAUUCUAAAGGGCAAGAAGAUUGGAUAUCUGGAAGAUUCUCUGAAUGAGCAUCCAGACAAGAUACCUGAACGGGAAGACGUUAUUGACGAGGAAGGAAACGAGAUGGAAGAAGAGUCCCUGCGCAGUGAAGACAAGAGAAAAGAGAAGAAAGUUAAACAUUCCCUCUCCAAGGAACUUUCGGAUUGUAUUAUCUACUGUAAGAGUGUACCAUUCUGCAGCUUCCAGCAUUCUUGCAGCCACUACAAGUCGUAUGAGAUGUCUUCCUUCACUGAAUCCAAAGCUCGCAAGCUCAUCCGAGAAUCUGGGAAUGACUUUGUCCGCCAUAAUACCUGGCAACUGACACGGAUCUUCCCCAGUGGGCUGCGGACGGACUCCUCCAAUUUCAACCCCCAGGCGAUGUGGAAUGUGGGGUGCCAAUUGGUUUGCCGACCAUGAGAGAUGGACUUGUAUGAUGGGCUUUUUAGUCAAAAUGGCCGCUGUGGUUAUGUGUUGAAGCCGAGUUUCAUGAGGGAUAGAGAGACAGCCUUCAGCCCUGAGAACCAUGAAAGCAGGGGUGAAGGUAACCCCUUGAGCUUAAUGGUUAAGAUCAUUAGUGGGCAGCAGCUGCCCAAGAUUCCCAACAGCAAAGAAGGCUCCAUUGUGGAUCCGUUAGUGCGAGUGGAGAUUCAUGGGAUCCCUUCUGACAGUGCCAAGCAGGAAACCAAAUACAUUGACAACAAUGGUUUUAAUCCACACUGGGGUGAGUCCUUUCGGUUCUACGUGUGGGUCCCAGAACUGGCCCUUCUACGUUUUGUGGUGGAAGAUUAUGAUAAGGCGACUUGGAAUGACUUUGUGGGCCAGUAUACACUACCUCUCACCAGUGUCAAAGCAGGAUAUCGCCACAUCCAUCUCCUUUCGAAGGAUGGCACUGGGAUUCCACCAGCAUCUCUGUUUGUCCACAUUCGGAUAGGAGAGUUGGCAACUGAGAACGACUAAAUCACAUUCCUGCAU